UAAUCAUGUCAUUCGUUACUGCUGUGAGAACUGCAUUUUAUGUUAUAUUACGUUUUUUGACUCAUAUAGUAUUUAAAGUCUUUUAUCGUGAUUAUGGUGUAUUUCAUUCAGAAAAUAUUCCUCCCGACGAUGGUACUCCAAUAUUAUUUAUUGCCGCCCCCCAUGGAAAUUUUUUAAUGGAUGCAAUUACAAUUUUUAUAAAGCCAUUUGAUGUUAAAAAAGUUGAUGGAGUUGGCUUAGUAAGGGUUAUCGAAGAAGGAAGAGUAGUAAUAGGUGAUGAUCUUGGUAAUGAACUUAAAGUUGGUGAUGCAUUAUAUGUAGAAUUUGAAGAACCUGACCAUGAAAUGUUGAAAGAAGCAAGUGGUAUUGUUGAAGAAAUCAUCAGUAAUGAUAAAGUACGCAUAAAAGAGCCAGGAAUGAAGUGGUCCACUAAAGGAAAACGUAAAGGACAAUUAAAACGUUUAGUAGAAUAUGGUAGUUUUGUUAUUCGUGUUGAUCGUGAGAGUACUUUAACAAAUUUGGAAAGAUUUUUACCAAAAAAUGUGACAAGAACUAUUGAUAGAUUGUCUUCUUCUCCUGGAGUGUUGACUUCACCAGUUUCUGAUGAGCAGCCUAAUGAUAUUGUUAUUCAUUCAUCAAAUCAGGAAGUAACUGAGCAUACUCCUUUAAUUCCUGAAAGUUCUUCAAGUAGUCGAAGGAGUUCAAACAUUUAUACUGUUCCGGACAUUCCAACAACUUAUUCUUAUACUCGUAUGCCCCCUCAUUCUGAAGUUUACUCUGCUGUGCAUAGUCAUUUUGCCAAAUCUAAUUGUAUAGCUAUAUUUCCUGAGGGUACAUCACACGAUAAUGAGCAUAUGUUAUCAUUAAAGUAUGGUUGUGCAGUUAUGAGCUUGGGUUAUCUGGCAUCUAAUGAACCUGAUGCCUCAGGAAAUCCGAGAAGGUUAAAACUCGUACCUUGUGGAUUGAACUUUUUUGAUCGUCAUUCGUUUCGAAGUCGUGUGUUUGUCGAAAUUGGUCCUACAAUAGAAAUUGAUAAUGAAUUGAUAGAAAUGUAUCGUGCCGGAGAUGAAUCUAAGCGUAAAGGUUUUAUUACAUUUCCCUAUUAA